AUGUCUGCACUUGACAUCACUGGUAUUCCAAACUUUGUUGAAUCAAGGAGGCUUUAUCAACAGCACCCAGAAGCUUCAGCAAAUUUCUCUUCCAAACCACCAUAUCCUGGACCUUCUCCCUUGACUCCUGUUGUGAAUCUUCCUAACCUUCCUUUGCAACAGUCGACAGCCCUACUACAGGGUGCAUAUAUGGUGCAUAUAUGCAUGAUGCCCAUCACUUACAUUUUUACAGCAAUGAAUCCUAACGUCAGAGAAGGAGAACUUGGAAUUACAAACAGAAUGCAACACCAUACAUUCUGGGACUUUGAUGAAUGGAAAAAAUGGUCCAACAGCACUGAGGGACCUCACCAAGAACUUGGAUUCUGCUCGAAUGACUGGAAAGAAAAUGAACUGGCUAAGAAUGUGUAUUUGGCUUGGCGAACAGCAUGCAGGCAAGCAAAAGCAAGGGCCAAGGGUGUCAAACCCAAAGAACUCGACCCAUAUGACCUUGGUGUUUGUGCAGAUGACGAUGAAGAGGGAGACGAUCUUGAGAAGAAGUGGAGUGCAACAGUUGAAGAUGAUACAUUACCUUCUCCACCACCAGCAGUGUGCAAGAAUGACUCAGAAACAGCCACCAUCCCAGUACCUCAAAUCAAGCUGAAACAUCUGCUUGAUGGCAUGGCAUCUACCCUUUUCCAAGUCCCACCAAUGCCACUACUAUCCCCAGUCAUGCUGCCACCACCAUCUAUGACCCCAGCAGCUCCCAAAAUUGCUACCCCCAUCUCCCAACCCAACGCCCAUGUUGACAAACCUGAUGGUGAGUCCCCCAAGGCUCCAAUAAAGGCCAUCACUCCACCCCUCAUUACAACCAUAUCCAACAGCCAGCCUGAACCCACCCCUGCUAUCUCCAGUUCCAUUAAUGGUGCCUUCCGAGUUGAGCUCACUGUUGAAGCACCAAAGAAGGCCAGUAAGGCAUGCCCUAGCAGUAAGAAGAAUGGAAGGGAUCUUUGCAUCCUUUGUUGGCUCAAACAGGUCAAGAAAGAUGGGGCUACAUCAGAGUUCUGUGUCUACUGGGACACACUCGACAAUCAAAAGCGCAAUUCUUAUGAGUUGGAUGCUGCACAAUUGUGCUACUGA